AGGGCAUCCUCCCUUUGCCGCCAUAGUAUAUUCUUAGCCGCUAAGUUUCCCAACCAGAACGCCCAUGGCAAGAGAUGGGUGCAUUGAUGAAUUGCUGGGUGAGCUCCAGCACUUCCUUCAAGGGCAGCUGGAGGCAUGCACCGUGGAAGCCAAUGGCCUGGCUCGAUGCUGUGCCCAUGCGGAACGGCUUUUGGAGAAGACAAGACCGUCAGCAAAAGGCAGUCAGGAGCUCGACUUUGACUACCAGAAGUGGUGGCAGUGGCGUCAGCUUCGCUCGGAAUGGACGCAGACGAGGAGCAGAGAGCAAUCUCUCAAAGAGGCUGCUGACAAGGCUCGAAGCACUUGGAAACAGCAGCUGGCGAGCUCAAGGCCAAGCUCCGAAAGUCAGACGCUCAAAGCUUCCAGCUUGGCGAGGCUGUGCACUUUCACGGCUGAACAGGUUUUGCCAUCACCAGAGCAGUUCUUUAUGUCAAAAGGCUUAUGGCCUGACACAGGGGAUUUGCGAGUGCAAGAGUUCUGCCAGCUUUUCCUGUUGAUAGCGCUCGAAAAAUGGGUGGCCCGUUUAGCAGAGGAGGCGGUGGCUGAAGGUCCUUCAGUUGACAUGGCAGCCGAUGCAACCAAGCAGAGAAGCAUGGAAAUGAGAGCUGAACGAGAAGUUCGAGAAGUAGAGCAACCGAACACCGAUGCGCAUCCCUUGAUUCUAUUGCAGCACAUUCCCGGUGGAGAACCGGCUGUCCGAUCAAUACUUCAGGCCAAGCACAAAGCGAGGCAAAUGGAGUUUGAGUCCAAUGUCAUCAUUCGCAUUUGCUGCGGCGAGUCCCAGAGUAGGUCAGAGAGUGAUAGACCUCCUGGCCCAUCAGUGACAAACCUCCUGGCCAAGGUGGAGGAGACUCUGAAUCUGCAGACAGCGCUCACUGAGGCGAAGAGAGUCAAAGCUUUGGAGGUACUGCGCAUGGUCCAGCAUCUCUGCUCUGAUCAGCGGCGGAUGCUCAGCUUUUGGGCUCUUUCUGACGUCGCUGCCGCGGGUGAACACGAUGAAAAGGAUGCGCUCAGAGCCUGCAGCACCAAGCUGUUGCCAAGAAUGAUCGGCAUCUAGGAAUCCCCGCAGCUCAGGAUUUGAGCUUUCCUGCUUUCAAUCCACUUGUGCAUCAUUGAAGUGUUGUCGAUGAGCCAUUACAGCGUUUGCUGAGUUUGCCUAUUGCAGCGUUUGCUGAGUUUGCCUGCCUGCAUGAGAAGCGG